AUGGCUGUGCACCUACACCCGAUGUUCUCGCUCGUCGCGGGCCGUAACGUCGAGCCACCCACCCCGACUCUCAGAAGCUCGCAGAGGGCGUACCCGUCUGCGCCUGUGAGGGAUCUCGGGCAGCGUGCCAUUCAGCGGCUAGCGGCCUUGAAGCGGGAGGAGGAGGAGCAGAACCUUGAGGAUCUGGAGGAUUUGAAGAUGACAGAGGAGCAACGUCUCCUUCUCGAGCGGUCCUUCGAAACCGUCAAGUUCGAGGCUGCAGACCUGGACGGCCUCAAAUGGGACACUCCCGCGGCCAAACGCUUGCUCGCCGACUGGUAUAGCUCCCAGGUCUUCGCCAUCCACAAGCAGUACGGCCUGGUUCCUGACGGCUACCCACCCCUCGAGUCCGACUCCGCCUCCGAGGAAGCAGACUUCGAGCCGCCCCUCUCCUCCGCGAGCGACCAAACCAUCAUCCCUGAUGACGUCCCCGACGUCGCCGUCGAGCCCCCCAGCCCGCCUCCCACCGCCCGCUUCCGCGGCGCGCCUCCGCCCCUCGUCUGGCCCCCGCUCGCGCUCGCUCCGGGUUUGCACGAACGCCCGCCGCUCCUCUCGCCGAACGAGGUGCAUAUACCUCUGUCGCCCGGCAGCCUCAGGCGGCUCCCUUGGCACGCACGCGCCCACCCGCAUGGACGACGCACGCCCACGUAUCGCGUGUUCAGCCUGCCCACGCGACUCGCCCCGCCUCGAAUCGACCGCCGCGACACCGCGCGCCCUGGCGAUUCACCCGAGGCGAAGGCAGACGCGGGCGGGGGUCCGAAGCCCCCGAUGCGGGAGCCGACCGCCCUCCCGCACUCGCCCGAGGCCAUGCCGGACAGCACAACUCUGGGCGUGGGCGCACCGCAGCUCACGUCCCCCCCUCAUCGGAAGCAAGCACCCAAGAAACGCGUCGUCAGUCUGCCCCCGGACCUCCCGAUCCCGUCCCCGCUCGAGCGCACGCUGAGCGAGUGCCCCGAGGGGAGCGUCUCGCCGACGCUGGGUCUGCGCGGGCGUGCGCUCCGCCCCCGCGAGCUGGCGAGAGGGGCUGGCAAGAUCGCGUCUGUCACGAGGGUCGCUCCGACCAAGCUCUUCGAGGUCGGGCGCAGGCUCAGCCAGUGCCUCGCUGUGUCGCCGGACGCCUCGCCCUCUCUACACUCGGGCUCAAGCGUCCAUCCUUUCCCGCACGUUUCGAAUGAGGAUGCCCGCGCACCCGCUGGGAACACGAAGGGAGCUACCAACCUCGCGACGAGACUCGCAGGACUGAAGAUCGCCCUACCGCCCCUGCCUGAACGUACUCUCAGCAUGUGGGGCGGCCAGGUUACGCCCGAGGACGAGCUCCCGCCGCCUCUCAUGACACGCUCGAUGUCCGCGUUUGGCUACAGCCGUCCUGAGCUCCUGGACGAGGAGGACAGCGCGGGGGAGUGGAUGCCUGGGGGUCUGUCCCCGGAGUUGCGUUGGUGA